AUGACCACCACCACCACUAGCAGCAGCACGUCAUCCGCUCAAGAGCAACAAAAAGCGCUUAUUACGUUGUACACCACCCAGACGCCCAACGGAAUCAAGAUCUCCAUCGCGCUCGAAGAACUCGGGCUGCAGUACGAGGUGCACAAGCACGACUUCGUGACUCGCACGCAAAAGGAGCCGUGGUACUUGGCCAUCAACCCCAACGGACGGAUUCCCGCCAUCACCGACACCCUCGCGACGGGCGAGCAGAUCAACGUGUGGGAAUCCGGCAGCAUUCUGAAGUACUUGGUCGAGCAGUACGACCCGGAGUAUAAGCUGUGGUACAAGCCAGGCACCAAGGAGAACUAUGAGCUUUUCAACUGGCUCUUCUUCCAAAUCGGCGGCCUGGGUCCCAUGCAGGGCCAAAUGACACACUUCAAACGCCACGUCGUCGAGCCCAUCCCGUACGCGAUCGAGCGGUACACCAACGAGACCCGUCGACUGUACACGGUUCUGGAGAAACAACUCGGCUCCAGCGGCAGCGGCUACAUCCUGUCCAAGUUCACCGUCGUCGACAUUUGCUUUUGGGCCAUGGCGGCCGCGUCCGGCUGGGCGGGGAUCGACCUGGACGAGUUCCCAAACGUGGGUAAAUGGUACGGCAGGCUUCUGGACCGGCCGGGAGUCCAGAGAGGGAUGAAUGUCCCAGAACCGCACCCCGUGCAGGCCCUCAUGGACGACAAGACGGGUGAGAAAGCAAAACAGUUUGAGGAGUACAGUCGCAGUUGGGUCUUGUUGGGCAUGAAGAGAGACGCAGAGGCGCUGAACAAAAAUUAG